CUGAAUUGUAGUGUAAAUAAGCUUAAUUAUAUAGAACGACUGGUUGUUCGGUAAAGCCCAUUACACUAAUGUUGGUUGGAAUCCCAGGGACCAUCUACAGUGAACUGAGGAGCAAGAGAUCCAGCGCAUGGAAGAGUUGGCUCACACGAAGAGGCAUGUGCAAGUGGCUGAGAAGACGCAAGAGCGCCUACAACAGGCGAUCGAACUCAUGAAGAGCGUCCGCCCGCACGUGGCCUCCCAGAAGCCGAAGAAAGCCCUGCGACUCACCUUACUGGGUCUCCAAAGCUUGCUCGAGCACACCCAGGAGCCCUCCGCGAUCACUUGGGCCCGGACGGCCAUCGAGAAGCAGUUCAACUCAGUCACAGACGAGGAAAAGAGGGACUACUUGGAUGUCCUCUUCGAUCGCGAUGUUGCGCUGAGUGGUGGUCUCAAGAGUUCGGUCUUUGCAUGUUUGGCCGCCUACAAGCAGGAGCUGAGCGCCCAGGCCCCGUUGCAGAUCGACGUGGCGUCACUCGGGCGAGGUACAGCAUGUCCUCGACGUCGCCGUCCAAGAAUCCCCCCGUCAUGGAGCGGGAUCAGAAGCGCACGGUGACCGCCGCGGCCCAUCUCCAUGGCCUCGCGUGAGGGCGCCGUCGGGACGUCGGGACGUCGGGAGGGCCGUCCGAGGCCAUGCAGCACAUGCGGCGUGCCAAGGCUUGCCCUAGAGGUUUGAUCAAGAUCCUGCGUUGGAUCGGAGAUGGGCGUGAGACAAACUCGACGCGGACAAACUUAGACGGGGGUUGUCUCCAGCGCUAUGGAAGCGCUGUUUUACUGCAGCCCUGGAGUUCUUGGAGAGAGGACUGUCAUUUUAAUAUGAAGAUUAUGAAGAGG